AUGCCUUCCUCGUCGAUUUUCCUGCUCUUCUCGCUCGUUUUUACUGGGAGUAAUGCGCUACCAUGGACGGAGGCCCAACAGACACAUGUAUACAAGGCAGAUGCUUGGUCACCACGACCGACUUUCGUACCAAUACCGGCGGAUCCAGCGAGGAUAUUUGGAAGAGAUUCGUUGAAUAUAGCGAUUUGUGGGUGGUUAGGUGGUAAUUCGGCCAGCGCUGCUACCUGUUCGCCUGGAUCAUCGUGUGUUCGCGAUACCGUCCACGGAGUCAUAGGAUGUUGUGCGACAGCGGGACCGUGUACGGCGGGCGUAUAUACGAGUUGUAUAGACAUGAACAGCAACGGGUGGACACCAAAUUCUGGGUUGCAAGAUAAUGGAAUAUAUACUUGUUCAGGCACAGCAGUCUGCUACAAGAACACUUUUCCUGGAGGAUACUAUCAAUAUGGAUGUGGAGAAUCAAGUUGGGCAACGACUGUGGAGACUACAUAUAGCGGGCAACCGACAGAUAUGCUUCUUCAGCAGGUGUUCACAGGCAUUGUAUUCACACCUACGAGCGGAUCAACAUCUACCACAUCUUCGUCGAGCAGUAGCAGUAGCAGUUCCACGACUUCAAGCUCCAGUUCGAGCUCUACAAGUUCAUCUACUACACUAUCUAGUGUUGGAAAAGCACCAACACAGACCGGGACGAGCACGCCCACUGUAGUUGCGGCUUCGAAGAAGAAUGAUAGUAAUAACGGGGCUAUCAUUGGGGGCGUGCUUGGAGCCUUUGCAGGUUUGGUACUUAUUGGCGCAGCAAUCUUCUGGUUCCUAAAAAAGAGGAACGCAAGUCGGGCCGGACCAUUUGAAAGCGUCCACAGCACCAGUCAAGGCCCAACACAAGGCCCCUUCCAACGAAUGGCUCCAUACCAACCUUACGGGCCUGACAACUUCGGAGCUACCACCGCAGCCGGCACAGGUGGAGCAGCCGCCUUGGCACCAUAUUCUUACGCCGACGGCGCACGUCAAGUAACUCCCCCCGAUACAUCAGCACACCACCAAUUCUACGUUCCCCACGAAGAACAACCCCUCGUUUCCGAAAUCGACCAUUUCUCCCAGAGCUACCACCGCGCAAUUGGCGCCACCGUGCCCAUGGAACGAGAUACACACAUCCACGACGGAGAUCUACCCGAUACCGUGACCGGAAUGGGGAUGGGCGUCGGAGCUUCGCCGCUUCGGAGGACGCCUACGAGUUCGAAUGGACGGACUCAGGAUAGAGAGUUGACUAGUGAGUCGUUGCGUAGUCCUGUCGGGUCCACUGUCCCUACGAGUUGGUCGAGACCUUCGCCUUCUACGUCGCGGGGGAAUGGGAGUAGUACUUCUUUGGUGAACAGGGAUGGGGAGGUCACUGUUCCACCGAGAAGUCCGUUGAGAGAUGGGAUUGCGGGGAUGGGUGCUAGUUUGGGAAGUGCGGUGAGUGCUGCUGUAGGGAGGGAUAAUGCGCCGAGGUAUCAGUUGGUUGAUGAGGCGAGGAAUGAUGUGCCGGUGUUGAGUAGUCCGGGACAGUUGAGGCAGACGAGGAUGAGUAGGAACGUUAGUUUUGAGGAUAAGGGUGUUUGA